AUGAGAACUCUGAUUCUGUUGGCUGCGUGGGUUUUGGUGGUUUUUGGAAGAGCUGUGAGUUUUGGGGGGUUUAAAGGCGCACACGGGAGAAACAUUGUGUGGGUCUCGCCACGCAGAAUUUUGAAAAUUUUCUAAAUUUUCGUUUUUAGCCCAAAAUCCUAAUGUCAUUUUAUAAUGUUUAUAAAUACAAUAAUUUUUGAAUUGCCACGUCAUAGGUCACGUGAAAAUUUUUGCAGGCUUCACCCUAUGGAACUGCAAUCGAUGUGUCAACUCCUCUUGAUUUCAUCACCUUGCAAAAUCUCCGCCUCGAUAUGUACACAAAAAUCUACGUAAGAGCAUUCGACACAAAUUCCGCAAGUUUCGAUAAAUCCAUGGUGACCACUAUCAAAUCAGCAUACGUUACAAGAUUCAGUGUGGAGCUCUUUAUGUCGCCAAAUCUUGGGAGCUCUGUGAGCCCUGGAGAUCAGGUAAAAAGCAUUGCAACGGGUGUCAGUGAAAACCUGAUUCAUGCCGAUGGAUUGUGGAUUGAAGUUAGUCAAACUGCCUCGAAAUGGUCAGCUGACAUCGCGAAAAAUCGGGAAUUCCUUCAUACUCUUCUCAACACGGCGAAUCAAUUAAAUUUCAAAAAAAUCGGGAUUUUCACAAGUUCUGAUGAUUGGAAGAUGGUUACUGGGAACACAUUGGAGUUUGCGAGUAUGGGUUUGAAAUUGUGGUAUUAUUCGGGUGAUUCGAAUGGGAAUUUUGAUGAUUUUGUUGCGUUUGGUGGUUGGAAAGCGGCUGAUGUUAAGCAAACUGUUUUGAAUCAGAAUGUUGAUGGUGCCAAGGUUAAUUUGGAUUAUUAUAAGUUUUCGCAAUAA